AAAACUGAAAAAAGAAAAAAUAUUUAUAAAAAAGCAAUAAAUAUGGACUGACCCUAUAUUUACUUAAUAAAUAUUUUUAAAAAAAGACAUUAAUUAAACUGCUUGUAUAAAUUCGUCUCAUAAUAAAAUGGUUUCAUACAAUAAUAUCAAUAAUUAUAAUGUAGCAAAUAUUAAUAUUCAUUUUGUAUUUGUGGCUAUUGGCUUCAAUCAUAGGAAAAACGAACCUACUCCCUACCAAACAAUUUUUUGCACCAACUCGAAGUAGAACCAUUUUUAAUUUAAGACUCGAUUUAAUGACCAACUAAAAGUAGAUAGCAAAUAUUUAAAAAACAUUGUUUGGCAUUGGACGCAACUCGCAAGUGUAUUAAUUGUGCAUUUAAGUACCAUCAUCAAAUAAGACUAUAUAGGAGUAGUCCUUUAUUUAUUAUAAACAUUAUUAUGCAUCAUGUCUAUAAUUGCUUCUCUUUGUGGCACUUAUUUGUGAAUCUUAUUGUGUGCGAUUUGGGGAACUCUAUUAACAUAUUCCUAUUUGGUAUUGUGCUACGUAAGCUCCUUAUAAAAAAAACAUAAUUAAUUAUUUAUUAUUUUAUUUAGUGUUAUCUUUUAAAUUUAUCGCAGUUUUUUCUCUGUUUAUCUUCUAUUUCCUUUCAAACUCUCUUUAACCACUCCUGAUCACUUUCCCUCCUCCCACCCUUUUCUUUCUAAUACUAACUACAUUAAUCAUAAUUGUAAUAAUAUCCAAGUUGCUCUUUAACAUUUGUAAGUAUCUUUCUAACUAGGCCAAAAAUGAAUAAAGGUUCAAACGCAACAAUAAUGCAUUUUGAGUUAUGAUCCAAAUUAAUUGUAAUGGUAUUUGAUUCAGAGACAAUCUAUAUAUAUAACUCUGUAUAAUUUAAAUUAUUAGGUCAUUAGAUCAGAUUGAGUUUUUUAAUACCCCUACUACAAGCCACCAGUCUCUAACAUAAGGUCUCUUAGAAAAGUCCCAACAGAGAAAGUCCCAAGUCGUCCCAACUCCUUAGCACAAUUGCACAAGUAGUGGAAGAUAAUUUAAAAAAGAACGUUGAAAAAUAAUUGGAGCAAAAAAAGAUGACAUGCAGCCGCUUCUAUUUGGAGGCAGUCAAGUACGCCUUUUUCCCCUUCCCACCCUCUAUUUCUCUUUCUCUCUCUUCCUUCCUCUCUUUUUCUCUCUUCCUCUUAACCUUUUCUUUCACGAGGAGUACAUUUCCAUGCUUCUAUUGUUCUAUGUUUUUGUAAUCUGUACAUUACUCUUUAAUAUUCUUUAAUUCCAAUAAUUCUUUCUGUCUUAUUCAAAAUUCUUUAAAAGUUUCAAUUUUUACUGAUUCACUUCCAUGGAGACUACUCUUUCGUUCCUUAUUUCUUGACCUCUAUUCUUUUUCUUUUUUUUUUUUUGUUUUUUUUUGGUUUUUCCCCUCUUUGGGUGGUGGGUAGGUUUUUAAUUUAUUAAAGAUUUGAUCUUUAUUUCAUUUUUUCAUUGGUACUGCCAUUUUUUUGUUUUAUUUUUAUAAUAUGAUAUGAUUAGAUCCCUGUCUGAAAAAAAGUUACUACAUGUUGGUUUGGUAACCUGCUACCUAUCGUGUGAUUGAUUGUAAACACAAAUGGAUUCAUCUUUUCAGGGGGCUGUGCUUGAUCCUGUGAAAUGCAGUAAGUUGAGUAUGGAGGAGAGGAGAGAAAUUGUGUAUGAAUUAGCAAAGUGGUCGCAUGGUGCGCCUGAAAUGCUACAAACUUGGAGCCGCCAAGAUAUAUUGCAAAUUUUAUGCUCAGAGAUGGGGAAGGAGAGGAAGUAUACUGGUUUGACGAAGUUAAAGAUCAUAGAGCAUCUUCUAAAAGUAGUGUCUGAAAAGAUUUUGGUAAACCAUGAAAUGAUUGUUCAACCAUCAUCAUCAUCGCCUUCAAUUGAUCACAAGGGUCCAAAGAAUCCAAGGAAACCGGAUAACCCUUCUCAUCUUCAUGUCUCGGAUACCAAUAUCUCAAUAUGUAGUCGGGAAAUUGAAUUAGAUACUGCCAUUUAUUGUAAGAAUUCUGCUUGCAAGGCUAGAUUGAGUAUGGAGGACAAGUUUUGCAAGAGGUGCACAUGCUGUAUAUGUCUUAAGUAUGAUGAUAACAAGGAUCCGAGCUUAUGGCUAACGUGUAGUUCAGAGACUCCGUUUCUUGGAGAUUCUUGUAACUUGUCUUGUCAUCUGGAAUGUGCUAUUAAACAUGAGAGGUCUGGCAUUGCUAGAAAUGGGACUGUUGCGCUAUUGGAUGGGAGUUUCUACUGCAUUUCUUGCGGGAAGAGGAAUGAUUUGAUGAGUUGUUGGAGAAAACAAUUAUUGAUCGCGAAGGACACCAGACGGGUAGACAUCCUAUGUUAUCGUAUAUUCAUUAGCAAGAAGCUGCUGGCUGGAACAAAGAAAUACCAGAAGCCGUCUGAUGCUGUUGACGAUGCCAUUAAACUCCUUGAAGAAGAAGUAGGUACACUAACCGGUGUUCCUGUCAAGUACGGUAGAGGCAUUGUUAACAGAUUAUCAUCAGGUCAAGAAGUUCAGAGACUCUGUACCUAUGCCGUGGAGCUCUAUGAGUCGAUGCAUCAUCAAACACCAUCCCACCCAGCUUCAAGAACGAUAGCUCCAAGUAUUAUCGGAGUUGAACCCGUUAAUGCAACAUCAACUGCCAACAUAUUUAGCGAUAUCAUGAAUUCUUCGACAUUGGAAAGUAUUCAUAGCCCAGCGACCAACUGCAGCACUCUUUCUAAUCCAUCGUCUGUGGAAGACGAAACAAACAAUAUUGCACCCUGCAGUGAGUUAAAUGUGAACAAAGCCGAUCUUUGCUUUAAUGAUCCAACCCAUUGUGCAUCUGAUGAAGAGAAUGCAACAGGGAAAUUUACUUCUUCUGAUCAAUCUGAUGCUACGAAAGCUGACCUCAAUCAGUCGUUGGAUGGUCAAUCAGGUGACGGAAUGAACACCGACAAUGAAUCAAACGACCAGCCUGAGAAGAGCAAUACACCUUGUGUUGGGAUUGAAACAAGCCUACCGAUUACUCCUGGUAAGCAAGAAAGCUCAAAAGAUGGUACCAUGAAAAAGAGCCCUACAAAGUCUCAUCGCAAGGCUCAAAAUGGCGGGAUGGAGGAGGCAAAUUGUAGACGUUCAUUAAAGAAAAGAAUCUCGGAGAAAGAAAACGAGGAAUGUGAUGGAGACUGUCCUUCGGACAGUGACUUGGAGUACUACGUAAAGGUAAUUCGCUGGCUUGAACACGAGGGUUACAUUGAGAAAAGCUUUCGGCAGAAGUUUUUGACUUGGUACAGCAUUAGGGCAACUCCACAGGAAAGUAGAAUUGUUAAGGUGUUUGUUGAGACUUUCAUUGAUGAUCCUGCAUCCCUCUCGGAGCAGCUUCACGAUACUUUCGAAGAAAUCAUCUCGAGCAAGAGGUUAUCAGUUGUUCCACCGGGCUUCUGCUUGAAGCUUUGGCAUUAACCUGGACUGAAAGGUCUCAUACCCAUUGUUUUAGACCUUGAGCCCAAACCGAAGGUCUCGGUCAAUCUAAUUAUUUUCACCUCUAGGGACUAGGAGCAUAGUAGUAGUCUGAUUUUCUAUACCUACCUCAUAUUAUUGUCAUUAUUAACAGGAAUUCUUCCAUUGAUAACUUUUCAGAGGCUGUUUGGUAAGACUUGUUUUUAGAAAGGUAAGGGAUUCAAAAUAACAAAUAUUCUUACAUGUUGUUUGUUUUGAUUAUGUAGGUAUCAAUUACCCUUGAGAGUAAUAAAUACCCCUAUUUUGUUAC